AUGACUGUAGUGCUGUGGAAAGACAGCGAGAGCGGCAGUCGAGGGGUGACUGAACAUCAUGGGACAUGAUCCAUGAGACUGAAGCACAGCUGUGUGGAGCUUCAUCAUCUGCCUUUCAUCUUUUACAACUGACACUGACAGCACAACUGCUCUGGACAAUACAUUUACACUGAAAAACUGAAUCCAGUUUCGUCGGGGCGUCGUUUAAAGUUUCCAAUAAUGAGACUGAAUUUUUCAGCCAGUUGGAUAUUUCAGGGAUGGAUCACGCACUUGGUUCUUGCACUAUGCACACAGACAGGAUUGGCCGUAAACUGUGAUCAAGACGAGUAUGAGCAGAAAGGGUUGUGCUGCAAAAAAUGUAAACAAGGGCAAUAUGUUUCCGAGCAUUGCACUGCCACCUCAGACACAGUCUGCCACUACUGUGGUCUUGAUGAGUACCAGCCGGACAUCAGCAGUGACACGAAAUGCAUCCCUCAGAAGUUUUGUGAUGAGGGUAAAGGUUUCAACCGUACUCGUCCACACAACCGCACAGCGGCCGUACCCUGUCGGUGCAAACAGGGUUUCCACUGUUCUGUGUACAACUGCGAGUUUUGCGAGCCGAUUGAGAAAUGCCCUCCAGGAGAAGGUGUUGUGAGAGAUGAAACAACAGACAGAGCGUCCUGUGCACCAUGUCAGUAUGGAUUUUCAGAUUCAUUGUCAAUUGAAGCCUGCAAGAAAUGGACAGACUGCAAGGCCAUUGGCAAGACUGAGAAGCAGCCAGGAAGCACCACGACAGAUGUGGUGUGUGGACUUCAUUCCCCCGGUCAUUUGACACCCUGGGUAGUGGUGGCCAUCCUCUCUGUCAUCAUAGUGAUAUCUCUGGUUGUGCUUUUCCUGUUCUGCUGUAAGGAUAAAAUGAACUUCCUCUCGGUAAAUCUUCGCACAUGUGUCCAAAACCUGAAAGGAAGCAGAAGUCAACAAGAGACUGUGAUACCGUCACCCCACCUUCCUAACAGUCUACAAACCUGCCCUCUGAUUUGCCCAGACUCCCUAAUCAUGUGUCCCAGCACCACAUUGACCAUUACAGAUGAAACCUCUACUAGCACAGACCAGGAACAAGUCCAGGACCAAGCUGACGCAUCAUCAGGGAGCUCCUGUGAAGAUUCCGGAAGUGGACCUGCGUCCCCGCUGUCGGGCAGCUCCUGCAGCUGCGUCCUUUCCAAGGAACCCAUCGAGGUUGGCGAAAACGAGGACUGCAGUCAACUCAUACCCACAGGCCCCGCGACGUGUUGCUCUUGCAGGACAGGAGAUGCCGUCGAUACCUCAGCAGAAAACGUUCAAGUGAUCAGUUUAAAAGAGCCUCUGUUGUGUGAAAACUGCUCUUCUGAAGGUCUGCCCGCUUGCGCCGGCAGUGCCGAUUACGUAGAUCUGCACCGUUCCCAGGAACUCUACUCCGCUGGGAAGGAAGCCAUGUCGGAGAUAAGAGGUUUUUACGACGACAGGGGUCAGGUCGAGGGGCAGUACAGACAAAAUGAACCCUGUUGCUGCAGCAUAGACUCCACCACCAUUCCACCCUUGCCAUCGGUGAGCACUAAUGAUCAGGGCCUCUCGCUGAUCGACAGCAAUGACAACAAACUGUCCGACCCGGAUGCAGACGCAGAGUACCAGAACCGGUGCUCAGAGGCGGCUCUCACAUCUGGUCAGGUGACGGGAAACAACAACACUACUUUUAUUUCCAGCGGGCAGGUAAUGAACUUUAGUGGUGAGGUCAUUGUGGUUUACGUCAGUCAGACGUCACUGGGUAGCGGAGGGACAUCGGAGGAACCCUUCAGUUGUCCGGUUCAGGAAGAAUCGAACGAUGACAGCUUUCAAAGUGACCCUAAAUCCACCACGAGCACAUUGGCACAGGGCAAGAACGGGGUCGGGCCUUCACAGAGACAUCUACCUGUACAGGAAGUGACCAAUGAUUGGUCUCUCCAAAAGUAAAGGUGCCAAAAAAACCAGGACUGGAUUUGAUUUUUGUUGUAUCAUUUUUGAUUAUCCAUUUGGCGUAUUGACAGCACUUAAUGUACAGCGACCAAAGUGUAAUUUCAUGAAAAAUGCUAUGCAUUUGUUGAGCUAUGUAUUUAUAUCAUAUAAAUUGGGUACUUAGUAAGCAUUGAUGUUAGUGGAGCAUGUGUUAAUGAUUUGAUGACGGUGAAAGUCAAGAACGUUGACCCGAGAAUGCUUCAUUUUUUAAACAAACUCUGUGUUCAAAAGCUAGUUAAAGAGUGGCUUGGUGCGACCGUAAGCCAAACCCGGGCCAAACACAAUGAUGUCAAAGCCAGAGAAAGCCACCAGAACAAAAGCAUGGACUCGCUUUCUCUGCCUUUUCUGAAAUUGAGUGAAAUUGAACCGUACCUCAUUGCGAGAAGCAUUUUAGGGGGAAUGUUCAAGCGGAGAACAGUUUUAAAAGCUACAGGGAUAAUAUGUCUACAUUUAAACUUUAAUUUGUAAAUGUUCAAUCAUUUUUUUGUUGUUAUUUAUCGUGCCAUUUUGUGCCGCUGACCUGACAAGUCUGUCUGACUGGAGCAGAAAAAGAUAAUGUAAUCGUGGAUGUUAUUUACAAGCAUUAAAAUGUAUAUAGUGAUUGAAAGCUAAUGUUCUGUGAUUUUUUAUGAAUCCACCUUUUACUGUAAAUAAAGCUUGUUUGUAUGAAA